AGGCGAUAUUGAAAGCUGUCGCUAUCGCUGUCUAUAUGUUCAUUAGUCUAUGAUUCUACUACUGCAGUCACGAAACAAUUACCACAUUCACUUUGUUUCUCUUGGUGCAUACACACCUACUACUUUGAGUGCGGAUAAACCGAUCAGGAAAGCUUACCACCAAGAAUAUGGCAUCAAACACCGAGGCAUCAAUGAUUGGAGGAGGAAUAUUUCGUAGAGCUCAGAGAAGCGAUCUAAAGGUUGUUUUGGAAAUGAUGGCGGAAAUAUGUGAAAUACUCGGUUUGGAGCCACCAACGGAAGAAGAACUUGUGAAAAAGUGUGGUAUGGACGAAGGAGGAGAUGAAAAAGUUCAUAUUUACUUAAUGCAAGGCUUUGUAAACGAUGAAGUUACAACAGUUGCAUGUGCCUUUUGCUACCCUGAAGAUUCUGUAUGGAAAGGCAGACAAUACUGUUUGAAAGACAUGUAUAUAAAACCGGAUUAUCGUUACGUAGGUGUUGGGGCGCGAAUUGGCGUAGGAAUCUGCGAGACAGCCAAGAAACUAAACCGUUCUGCCAUUUUUAAAUAUUCGAUGGAAGAUUUUUUCCGUGCGAAACUAGGAUCAGCAGAUUUCAUUGAUGUCAUAAGGGUGUUUAGCCAUGCAGAAAAAUAAUUAGGAAGGUUUAGUCAUCCAAUCAUAUGUUAAAAUAUUAAUUUUGCAACAUCUCUACAACAAUUGGUCUGUUCCAAAACUGCAAGAAAAUUAAAGUUUUUUACUUCGACACCCGAUUUUCCCUUUAUGAUAUCGAAAAAAAAAUCCGAAAAAAAUCGUAUCAGAAAAUAUAUACAGGAUAAAAUGAAAAAACUGCAACCAACUUCAGACUGCUGUCAUUCCUAAACUAAAGAAGCGAUAGAAACCCGCGUCGCAGUGGCCGAAAAUGGCUCGUGAGCUGAACAUAUCGCAACAUUCCAUUUGGAAAAUAUUAAAAAAUGAGCUCGGGGUAAAGCCGUUAAAAUUUCAAAAAGUGCAAGAACUUACACCGCAACAGAAUGAAAAUAGACUCAAAAUAAUUAGACUCAAUAAAAUUAAAAAAAAAUGUAAAAAUUAUGGCGUUUGACUUUGUUGCAGUUUUUUUUUUAUCUCAUCCUGUACAAAUCUACUUAUUCUUGAAAAAAAAAAAAAAAUAAAUAAAUAAAAAUUAUAAAUGUC